AUGAUCGGCUUAGCUGCAAUCAUAACGCUGAUAAAAUACGUAACCAAGAAUGAAAAGCAAAAGAAGAGGAAAUCACCAGAAACAAAAGGCGUGCCGGAUAUCCCUGGCCUCUACAAAUUCUCAAAGGCGGAGAUUGACAGUGCGAUAAACCACGGAGGCAAGAAGAAGUGCUUAGGAAGAGGCAGUGCAGGCCUGGUUUACAAGGGUGUACUUCCCAGUGGGCAGUUGGUGGCAAUCAAGCAGAUAUACAAGAGCAACACGUCUGAUUCGUUCACCCGGGAAAUAGAGGGCCUUUCGAGGGUCAGGCAUCCGAAUCUCGUAUGUCUCUUUGGCUGCUGCAUAGAGGAUGGGGAGCAGUACCUCGUGUACGAGUACUGCCCUCACGGGAACCUUGCUCAUCAUCUUCUACGUACGUCAUUUCUCGUUUUUCUGUUUUUGCUCUUGGAAACAUCAUUCAUCUUGCUCAUGACCGUUCGAAUGUGCAGGGAAGGACACUGUCCUAAUGUGGGAGGACCGAGUGAGAAUCCUGAGGGAAUGCGCGUUGGCUCUUAGGUAUCUUCAUCACCACACGAGUGGAUGCAUCGUUCAUAGAGACAUCAAGGUGAGAACCAACUAACCUGUUUCAAAGCGAUUUUUACACGAUCACGUCGAUCAGUUCAAUAUGAAAUUGUGUUGAUUGUGGGUUCUUGUUUUGACAGCUGACAAACAUUCUUCUCA